UCAAAGUGGCACUUUCUAUUUAAACGUGUUCACUUUGACAUUUAAGAAUUUAGAAGUGUAAACAAGAUACAAGAAUGACCAGUCGGGGUAAAAUUAUACCGGAAAACGACUUGCUGCGAAUGUUUGGCAACGAUAUCCAAAUUAAUGAGCAGGGUGAUUUAACGUACACCUGUGUUGAGGCAGAUACGGAUCUCCUUAAUCUGCUAAAGGAGUUUGAUCUGAACACACUUUUUCUUGGCCUAAAAAAUGCUGGAAUAACUUUUCGAAGCUUAAAAUAUUUGUCGAAAGAAGACAUUGCGGAAGCAGUAAAAAAUAUUGGUCUUCGAGCAGAGUUUAGAGAAAAGUUGUUUUUCUGGCGCAAGUCAAAGUUUGGAAUAGAAGAUGAAACGUUGAGCCAGAUUUCAAAAGUUGUUGAUUGGCUAGAAAAAAACCGUCACAAAGAUUCACCUUGUUCUUCAAAUAAUUCAAUAAGAAACGCAUUUGGAUCACAGCCCCUUUCAACAUUUUUAAACGAUAACUCAGCCGGAAAACAACAUAUUCAAUAUUAUGAGGAAUGGGCAUGUUUUACGAAUAAGCAACGCGAUGCCCUCAUUAAAAUAAUUUUAGAAGAUGUCAUGUUAACAAAGACAGAGCUUAGACCAGAACACUUUGCUAGUAUUGUGGAAGAAAUAAUUGGUUUAUUUCACAAUGAAAAAGAGUCCCAGGUAUUAUUAAAAACGAUAUAUUUAAAAGAACAUAUUGUAAACUGAUUUCUUUCAAGAUUAUUACUACAUUCCUCGUCAAAGAAAAAAAAACCCAUCAGGCAAGCUCUAUUCCAAAUAUUUUAAUUUAAAGACAAAGAUUAGAAAGAGUAGUCCAUCCGCGGAAAGAUCUCUUUCGAGUGAAGUACGUGAUCCAUUUGUAGACGAAAAUGUUGAAGUUGACGAAACGCUGUCGUUAUGUUUAAAAACUUCGCUUCAAAAAGAUAUCAAUAAUUGGGAUGAGGUUAUUGACAAAUGGCAAAAUACAUUUACAUUUCGGAAAAAGGAUUUGGCUAAGCUUUUGAAUUCUGAUUUUUUGCAAGAGUGGCCAAUUUUAAAAGACUCCAGAGCACCAUUUCUGUGAACUACUACUAUGCCAACAUACGGAAUCAGCAAUCAAUAAUUCUUUUGAACCAAGCAUAAAUGACGAAAAAAAUUGAUUUUCAAGACUACAUUUUUACAAUUCUUCUCAAUUCAGUUCUGCUGCCUUCAGCAAGAUUUAGUGUAGAUGGACAUACAAAAAAGAAAGCCACCAUUAAAGAUGCUAAUGAAAGCUUCGUAUUGCAGUUAACAACAAUUAGCGAUUACUCAAUACGAAUAAAAGAAAUUAUCGGUAAAUAUUUUUAUAAUAAAUUGACUGUACAGCCGUUUAUAAUUGUGGUAGGAGACUCUGAGGACGAUCUUAAAACCUUUUACAUUUACUUUGACAACACUUUGUACAAACUAAAUUCUUUUAUUGAAAGUUUGGAUAUAUGCUUUAAAAUCUUUCACGUGUUUAAUCUUAAAUAUCCUAAGAUCUGCGA